GCUUUCAUUGAAGGAAAAGUUAAAAAGCUUUCGGCUCACUGUUGCAUUUUUCCCACUAAGAAAAAAAAUACCCACCUUUUAAAACAAGUGAGUACAGCAGGACAGCGGGGAACGGCUUGGGCCAGUUUUACACUUUGUGGUCAUCUUGAGGCAUCCCAGCGCAGCCUGAGAGGUUCUGGGUGGCUUCCCCGAGCCCCGUCUGGCCAUUAGCUGCAGACUUAGCUCGGGGUUCUCGGGGAGCGAGGUGUACGUGGAUGAGGCAAAUAACCAACCUCUCCCUUUUGAUAGUCUGAGAAGCUGACACCUUUAUAGAGAGCAGCCUCCGAAGUAAGCUUGUUCUGUGAUAGCGGAGAGGGGGAAGGCUUUUUCACAUAAACGCAAGGACACUCUCCACCCACCCUGUUCUUGUUUCAAAUGUUUCCUCUCAAGCAAGACCUACUCAAGAAUUGGCUGGUGUGACUAUGCCCGCGAGGGUUGAUUUCAUGUGUCAACGUGACUGGACUCUGGACGCCCAGAGAGCUGAUACCAGCGCUCUUGAUUCUCAGGCCUUUGGAUUCACACUGAAUAACACCACUGGCUCUCCUCGGUCUCCAGCUGGCAGACAGUACAUCGUGGGACUUCUUGGCCUCCACCAUCAUUCACAGAUGGGUGCUGGAAGCUGAGCCAACACUGUGCCAUGAGAUGCAGACAGCUGUGGUAUGGUGUGCAGAGGAGGUGCAUGAGAAAUGGCCCAUGGUGUAAGCUGGAAGAGCAGGCAUGUGGGCUUCCUCUCUGACCUGGGCAGGCGGACUGCAGGAACGGUGCAAUCCAGGUAACAAGAAAGAACAAACGAACGAAAAGACAGGCAGACAGACGCACACACCAGGGCUCAUGGAAGAUGAUCAGGUCCCUCGCUCGCUCUCCAUCCCUCGCCGGCGCUCGCUCGCUCGCUCCCCCCCGCCCUUUGAUUGACAGGCAAGAUGUCGGUGCGGAGCGAGGCAGGAGCGAAUGCAGCAGCCGUCAGCCCCGGAGCCCGGCGGCGGCAGCAGCAGCGCCAGGAGGAGACCGCAGCCAGCCGCAGUCGCCGCCGCAGCCGCGGGAGCAAUGCGGACAGCAUCUUGAGGACGCGCUAAAGCACCCCAAACGGUGGACGAUGCCGUGUCACUGCAACUGGGAGGGGGGCAAAGCAGAUUUUUUUUGACAUAAAAGCCAGCCAGCCAAAAAUAUAUACAUUUGUCCUUCACGGAGCCGGUGUGUAAAGAGUGAGCGCUGUUUGCCCUCGCCUCCUCCUCUCCCUCCUCCUCUCCUCUCCUCUCCUCCUCCUCCCCUCCUCCUCCUCCUCCUCCUCUUCUCUUUUUCCUCCUCCUCCCCCUCCUCCUCCUCCUCCCUAAGUGUACAGACAGCAUCACAUCACCUGGUUUGCUUCUGAGAAACAGCAUCCCUCCUUUUCAGGGACCAGAGACUCAGAGAGAGGAGACAUUCUAAUGGAGUCUGCUUGAUACCCCGAAAUAAAAUAAUAAAUUUUGGCUCUUGUCGCCUCCUCCCACCCCACCCCCUCAACCCUGUGUGAGAUGUUGGGUUUCUUCUUCAUGAGACAUUGUUGAGAAGUCGCAGUGGCUGGAGAGCGUAGGGGGUAGACUACCUCUACUCCCCCCCCCCCUUUUUUCUCUCUGGGAGGAGGAGGAGGGGAAGGGGGCUUGCCGAGCAAGCGAUGGAUGAGGAAAACAUGACGAAAAGCGAGGAGCAGCAACCUCUGAGUUUGCAAAAAGCCUUACAGCAGUGCGAGUUGGUCCAAAACAUGAUAGACCUGAGCAUCUCCAACCUGGAAGGGCUUAGGACCAAAUGUGCCACCUCCAACGACCUCACACAAAAAGAGAUCCGGACCCUGGAGAGCAAGCUGGUGAAGUACUUCAGCCGUCAGCUGUCCUGCAAAAAGAAGGUGGCCCUUCAGGAGCGCAAUGCCGAGUUGGACGGCUUCCCCCAGCUCCGGCACUGGUUCCGGAUCGUCGAUGUGCGCAAGGAAGUCUUGGAGGAAAUCACCCCUGGCCAGCUGAGUCUGGAGGACCUCUUGGAGAUGACAGAUGAGCAGGUGUGUGAGACGGUGGAGAAAUACGGAGCCAACCGGGAGGAGUGCGCCCGUCUCAAUGCCUCCCUGUCCUGCCUCCGGAAUGUCCACAUGUCAGGAGGCAACCUUUCCAAACAAGACUGGACCAUCCAGUGGCCCACCACGGAGACAGGGAAGGAGAACAACCCUGUGUGCCCCCCGGAGCCCAGCCCGUGGGUCCGCACACACCUCUCCCAGAGCCCCAGGGUCCAGACCAAGUGCAUCCAACACUACUCUCACGCUGGCCCCUCGCCCGGGGCCCCCGUGUACACGCAUGUGGACAGGCUCACCGUGGAUGCCUACCCGGGUCUGUGCCCGCCGCCGCCACUGGAGUCAGGCCACCGUUCCCUGCCCCCGUCGCCCCGGCAGCGGCACGCCGUCCGCACCCCGCCGCGCACCCCCAAUAUCGUCACCACCGUGACCCCACCUGGUACACCACCCAUGAGGAGGAAGAACAAGCUGAAGCCCCCGGGGACCCCACCGCCGUCUUCCCGGAAGCUGAUCCACUUGAUUCCAGGUUUCACGGCCCUGCAUCGAAGCAAGUCCCAUGAAUUCCAGCUGGGUCACCGUGUGGAUGAGGCCCACACACCCAAAGCCAAGAAGAAAAGCAAACCCUUGAACCUCAAGAUUCACAGCAGUGUGGGCAGCUGCGAGAACAUUCCCUCUCAGCAGCGCUCCCCCCUCCUGUCGGAGCGCUCCCUCCGCUCCUUCUUUGUGGGACACGCACCUUUCCUGCCCUCCACCCCUCCUGUCCACACCGAGGCCAACUUCUCUGCAAACACACUGUCCGUGCCGCGCUGGUCCCCGCAGAUCCCUCGCAGAGACCUUGGCAACUCCAUCAAGCACAGGUUUUCCACCAAGUACUGGAUGUCUCAGACGUGCACCGUCUGUGGGAAAGGAAUGCUUUUUGGCCUCAAGUGUAAAAAUUGCAAAUUAAAGUGCCACAACAAAUGCACCAAAGAAGCCCCUCCCUGUCAUCUCCUGAUCAUCCACCGAGGAGUGUCACUGGAGAAAUUCCUCUCCGUAGUGGACUCUGCUGGAGCCCAACUCCCAUGUGGAGACCAGAACCAGCCUGCUUGGUACUUAAAUUCCCAAAUUGCUGUUUUUACCCCUACGGAUCCAGCAAGGUUAGUCCGAACAGAGUCCGUCCCGUGUGACAUCAACAACCCUCUACGAAAGCCACCCCGGUAUUCGGACCUGCACAUCAGCCAGACGCUCCCCAAAACCAACAAAAUCAGCAAGGACCACAUCCCUGUCCCUUACCAGCCAGAUUCUAGCAGCAAUCCCUCAUCCACAACGUCCUCCACGCCCUCCUCGCCAGCACCCCCCCUCCCUCCCAGCGCCACGCCGCCUUCUCCCCUGCACCCUUCCCCUCAGUGCACGAGGCAGCAGAAGAACUUCAACCUGCCAGCGUCCCACUACUACAAAUACAAGCAGCAGUUCAUCUUCCCAGAUGUGGUGCCAGUGCCGGAGACCCCGACCCGGGCGCCCCAGGUCAUCCUGCAUCCAGUGACCUCGAAUCCAAUCUUGGAAGGAAAUCCAUUACUUCAAAUUGAAGUGGAGCCAACCUCAGAGAAUGAAGAGGGCCACGAUGAGGCUGAAGAGUCGGAGGACGACUUCGAGGAGAUGAACCUGUCCCUGCUCUCAGCCCGGAGCUUCCCGCGCAAGGCCAGCCAGACCAGCAUCUUCCUGCAGGAGUGGGACAUCCCUUUUGAGCAACUGGAGGUCGGCGAGCUCAUCGGCAAGGGUCGCUUUGGGCAGGUGUACCAUGGCCGCUGGCACGGCGAGGUGGCCAUCCGGCUGAUCGACAUCGAGAGGGACAACGAGGAGCAGCUCAAGGCCUUCAAGCGGGAGGUGAUGGCCUACAGGCAGACACGCCAUGAGAACGUGGUGCUCUUCAUGGGCGCCUGCAUGAGCCCGCCCCACCUGGCCAUCAUCACCAGCCUGUGUAAGGGACGGACGCUCUAUUCUGUGGUGAGGGAUGCCAAAAUCGUCUUGGAUGUCAACAAAACGAGGCAGAUUGCUCAAGAAAUUGUGAAGGGCAUGGGCUACCUCCACGCAAAGGGGAUCCUUCACAAGGACCUCAAGUCAAAGAAUGUCUUCUAUGACAACGGCAAAGUGGUGAUCACAGACUUUGGGCUCUUCAGCAUUUCCGGGGUGCUGCAGGCCGGCAGGCGGGAAGACAAGCUACGCAUCCAGAAUGGCUGGCUCUGCCACCUGGCACCAGAGAUCAUCCGCCAGCUGUCUCCCGACACAGAAGAGGAUAAACUCCCCUUCUCCAAGCACUCGGACGUCUUUGCGCUCGGCACAAUUUGGUAUGAACUCCAUGCCAGGGAGUGGCCUUUCAAGACGCAACCAGCAGAGGCAAUAAUCUGGCAAAUGGGCACAGGCAUGAAACCCAACCUCAGCCAGAUCGGCAUGGGAAAAGAAAUCUCGGACAUUCUUCUCUUUUGCUGGGCCUUUGAACAAGAAGAAAGACCUACCUUCACUAAGCUCAUGGACAUGCUGGAGAAACUGCCAAAGCGGAACCGCCGCCUGUCUCACCCCGGACAUUUCUGGAAGUCUGCAGAACUGUGACCAUUGGACAAAGGGACAGCACUCAGAUGCCUCAGCCCCCGAGCCACCUCUCCUUCCCUGCUCUGCCCUCUGCCAGCUCAGGAGGCCAGAGGCUCACCAUCAGAGGGUACCGACCCCGGCCGGCCUGGGAGCACUGCACGACCGAGCUCGGCAGCUUCCCCACUCCCCAGACCCGUGCCCUUUUGCCCGGGCAGGGUUCGGGACCCCUGAGCUAGGACUUACUGGGGCCAGCCAGGGAGACGCGGGAUUGAUCCAUGCGGCCCAGGGGCCGUGUCGAGAAGAGAACUGGAGGCUGAAGGUGGAGGCCCUGGACCAAGGAAGCGAGAGCAGGAGGCCCACGUGGGCAGGCUCACAGGACCGGUCUGUGUGUACAUGCGUGGCUCGGUGUGCAAUGCCGUUUGCUCUCCAUCCCCCGUGACAAGCAAGAGCCCCCUGCUGCCCCAGCCCUGGAGCACCCCUCAGCUGACUCGGUCCCUGGGUGGUGGGUCCCAGCUGCACUCUCUGGAAAGAUGGGGUGGGGUGGGGAGCUGAGGCCACAGGGCCAGGACCUGGGCCAGGGAGCUCAGCUGUUCCUUUGUAAACAUCUGUUCUCAGAGGCUCCCACCCAAACCUGUCACGAUCUGUGGCUCCUUUGCACGUAGCUCCGAAGGGCACAAAACAGUCUUGCAUGUCUUUGAGUUCUGGGUCUCUCUGGGGCAUGGUUCCCCAUGUCUGCCACCUUCUCCUGUUCUGUGAGGGUGCCGUCCCUUUACGCCUUACUGCUCCCAUGCUCCCCUGCCAUUUGAAAAGCACAGUGGCUUCCCCGCCAAGAGGACUUCUCAGGGCUCCUUGCAGCUCGCCUUUGUCCUUGAUACCCCCCUGAAGUCUGGGCCCUGAGAACUGGGGGUCUGGGGAGGAAGUUCUAGAACAUUCCUUCUCUCUCCUCCUGCUCUGGCAUCGACACCAGCUAAGUUUGUCCACCACAGAGACGGGCGCGGGUCCCGGAUAGAUGUGUGUUGGAUUAUAUGGCGUAUGCAUGGCAUCUUGUUUGCAAAGGAUCCCCCCCUUUUUUACCCUUAGUAAGUCCUCUGGGGGAGGUGAGGAGGAAGGCUGUAGAGGUUCUGCGUUCUCAGCUCCAGCCUGGUGCCGAGUCCCAGAGUGGUUUCCCCAUGAGAGGUCUGUCUUGUGCUUGCUCAGUGCUCAUGCCUUCCAUCCCUCCCUCUCUUUCCCUUCUGGGCUGGUGGCUUUUCCCAGCCACCUUGGGACCAAGUGUUGUGCGGGAAGGAUCCAGGAAGCAGGUCAGGCAGUCAGAGUAAUACAGUGAGCCUCUUGUCUUAUGUUCUUAUGUUCCACCCCUUAUGAGGGGAUGUCUUCUGUUCCCAAAGCCCAUCUGACUUGGCACCAAAAGGAAACCUGUCCCCUAGCAGGGCGUUUGCGGGGCAGCUGGGCAGCAGGUAGGAUGCCCAGGGUCAGCCCACAGUCUCUCUGUCCUCCCUGGGCACUGCCCAGGCUUGAUUUUCUUCUGGUCACUACCUUAUCCCGACAUCCCCCUCCCAGAGAGGGGACCCCCCUCCCAGAGAGGAGACCUAAGACUUCAAAAAUCCUACCUGAGCUCAGACUCAACAUCCCACCUGAUGUAAGGGGUGUGUGGGGGUCUUCCCCACCUUGGGUGAUCCCCAGACUGAUUCAUGCUCUGGGGGCCAAGAUGCUUUCCAAACUGGGAAAAAUAAUGAGAUAGUCAUGCUUCUGGAGCCUCUGGCCAAGGGGUACCCCUGAGCCUCCCAGAGGGCCUUCCUGAAUGGGCUCCCACCUGCACAGGACCAGAGACUAAAGGCCCCCCUGUGGGCUAGUCCUAAGUGGAUGUACCCCUUCUGGGGACUUCUAUUACUGUGGCUCCUGGCUCAACACUUGUGUAUCUCGGGGCCGUUUUAUACACACCUGCACAAAUCCCAGCAAGCCAGCUGGUGGACCAACCCCGAACAUGGGCUUGGGCCUGCCUCGGCUCUGCCCACCAGCUCCCCAAAGGCCUGAAAUCCAAUCCUGGCUCCUCUUGAAUCCAAUCAGGACUUCUGGGGUCCAUGAGCCCCAGUCUUUGUCAUGGACCUAAGUGCGGGAAAGGAAAUGAGGAUGGGAAGGAGCAGACCGGACACAGCUGCCCUGCAGCUGAAAUGCCAGGGACUGCCAGGACUGCUCCCUCCUGCCGCUCUCAUUUCCAGAAUUCACUCACAUGGCCCCCCAGAGCCUUUGUCAAGACCCAGGGGUGGGACUCCAAAGGCUGAUUUUUCCAUUUGUUCACAAGAACCAGCUUAAGAUUAAGGACAAGGUCUGAGGGAUCCAGGGGGAUACCCCAGCCUUCCCGUCUCCCUAGGAGUUUCUCUGCUUUGCAAAACAGGGUUCCUUGGGUCUGUCCUUGGCCCCACGUCACCUGCUCUUGACUUUUCUCCCUCUUCACCCAUGUCCUUACUUUGCCCCCACCUUCCUCAGUCUCCAGCAGCCAGGCUUCCGAAGCCCCUCCCUGCCGCCCUCCUCCUGGUGACGCCACCCUGAAUUGUUUAGAGGGCCCUUUUCAUUUGCAGACAUUGCAAUUCAAGGAAGAACCAAAUCUCUGCUUUCCCUGCUGACCUCAAUCUUAUUCAUGAGUCAAAUAUUGGGAGGAGGUCACAUUCAUUAAUCUUUUGCAAGGGAAAAAAAGAAAAAAAGGGGGGGAGGUGUGUGUAUGUUUACAUAGUCAUUGCCAGCUUCCCCUGUGACUCAUUCUAUAGAAUCCACACAACAAAGACUGCGUGUGUGUGCACUUGUCCCCAUCACUGCUGUGUGUAGGUGCCCUGUGCCCGACAGCAAGUUGUUUAUCCCUGGGCCCUGCUCUGAGCAAACCCUUACCUACACAGGCUUCCCAAGUGCACCAGUCCCCAGAGUGAGGAUGCCCCGGGGAAGCCUUGACCUUGCCUUCUUUGAAGGGCACGUGGAUUUGCACCCUGAAUGCUACCCAACUUCCCAGGCCACGUGCAUUUGCUACAAUGGGGCCCCCUUUCCAGGGAGCACCCCCUUGGCCAUAUGUGGGGAUAUCCCCGUGCAUGAAGCUGGAGACUCAAAGUCUUUACUUAAUUCUGUUUCAUCCUGGUUUUCCUUUUGCUGGUCAACGGGGAAAACCCCAUCUUGCCACAGAGGCCCCCCUCUUUCUGGCUUCUUGGUCCAUAGGAGCCCUGGAUUGAUCUCUGACGACUAGACUUUUGUAUCUAGGAUACCUGGCCCUGCCCCUUUCCCACCCCACCCCCACAAAACCAGACUUCAUCUCCUCCCACAGGUUUUGUCCCCCCUCACUGCCAGUGGCUGAUCAUCUAAGGAAAUGGUAUACGCUUGACCGGGGCCCAAUCCCCAUCUUGCAAAAUCUAGAACUGGGGUCGGCAAAGUAUGGCCCAGGGCCAUAUCCAACCCCCCCCCCGAUAGUUUUUACGUUCUCUAAUUGAGGAAAAACCAGAAGAAUAUUUCAUAAUACAUGAAAACUCUAUAGAAUUCAAAUGUCGAUAAACGAAAUCAAUACUGGCACACGGCCACCGCCAUUCAUUUCCAUACGAACCACGGGGUUUGGUCCUGUGGUGCCAGAGACAGUGUGGCCCAUAAAGCCGAAAAUACUUCUAACCUUGCCCUUUACAGAAGACACCCGCCAACCUCUGAUCGAGGGGACUGUCUCACUGAAGAAGAAGCCAACUUGCAUAUGGCUCCCAAGGGAGGAACAUGAACCAGGCUGGGAGUUAGAGGGGGCAGAGAACUCGUUCCAGGGAGGAAAGAACUUUCUAACAGCUUGCCCCAAGAUGCGAGAUGGGCCGCCUGGGGUAGUGGGAAGCUCCCUGUCCUUGGAGAGGGCUGGGCAGACGUGGAGACCGCUUGGUGUGCGUGUAAAGAGGGAAUUCGGGCUUUGGAGGGUGGGAGGACUGGUUAUAUUUAAGACCCUAUUAAGCUCAGGCCAGCGUGUAACAAAAUACCAUAGGUGGGGGACUUCACAGCAGAAAGUGAUGUCUCACAGUUCUGGGGGCUGGAAGUCCAAGUCCGAGAUGUCGGCAGCAACGGUUUCUCCUAGGACCUCCCCCCUCGGCUUUCUGUCAGCUUGCCUCUUGCUUUGUGCUCACGUGGCCUUUCCUCUGGGCACACACAACCCCGGUGUCUGUCUCUCUUACGGGACACUAGUCCGACUGGAUGGGAGCCCAUCCUUAUGACCUAAUUGCAUCUUAAUUACCUCUUUAAAGGCCCUCUCUCCAGAUACAAUCACCUUGGCGGUUAGGGCUUCGACCUAGGAAUCUGGGGGGUUAGGGGGAAGUGUGUAUUGUGGCCGGGGGCACAAUUCCGUCCCUCACGAGGACCCUUGAUAUUCCUGAGACUGUGAUUGUAGGCACCUUCAGGGUGACACUCCUAUUCUCAGCUUUUGUUCCCAUGCUGUGCUCAACCUUGAGUCCCCAGAUUUGCCCUCCCCCUCCCCCUCCCGCUCCCCAUCCCCAUCCCCUGCCAGGCUUCCCUUCACCACCACCCCCGCCUCUCCCCCUCCCCCCAAGGGCUGGUCUUAUUCCAGAUACUCCACCACCCAAGACCCUCCCUCUGUGUUCGUUGACCAGGGCUGCCAUAACGAAGCCCACAGACUUGGCGGCUUUAAAUGACUGGAAUGCAUUCUCACAGAUCUAGAGGCUGGAAACCUAAAAUCAAGGUGUCGGCAGGGCCACACUCUGAUCCCCCCCUGUGCAAGGGAGUCCUUCCUUGGCCUCCUCUUCUUAGCUCCUGGUGGGCUGCUGGUCAUCUCUGGCAUUCUUUGGCUGUGGAUGGAUCUCUCCACCUCUGACUCCAAACUCACGUGGCCUUCCCGUGCGUCCGUCUUCAUAUAAGGACACCACCCUACUAAAGUUUGACCUCACCUUAACUAAUUACACCUGCAACGACCUGACUUCCAAGUAAGGUCACAUUCUGAGGGACUGGGGUUUAGGACCUCAACGUGUCUCGUGGGUGUGUGGGUGGGUGUGUGUGUGUGCGUGUGCGCGCAGCGGACAUAAUUCAACCCAUAACACCCUCUAAGGAGCUUUCUCUCAUGCCUUGACUGGUCACCGUGGUUCUUCCACAGCAGACCUCCUGGGAGAAAGGUCCCAGAACCCCUGGGCCAUGAGGGUCAGGACGCUGAUGUUGCUCUUAUCAAACCUGACACCUUCAUCCCUGGGUCCGAUAGUCCCGAUGUCAUCUCCACGGGUGGGGGUGGGCGGCCUGUCUGUUGUGUGAUGCUCACUUGACCAUCGAAUGAGUGUGCUUAAGCCCAGUCUGAAGUGGUUGGUGGCUUGACACUUGCUUUUAUUUCUGCUCUUGCUCAGCAGCAGAGGAACGGAGCAUGGCGAGCCAUGUGCUUGCUGUAUCCUUUUUUGGCUGUGCCUGUGAGGUUUUGAGCAGGCUCAGGUGGAUGCUGCCCCCUGGGCCCCAGCCUCCGCUAACCCCCCACUGCCGCCACCGUCAGCUGCACGCACCUGCAAGGGAAUAGUCCUGACCUCUGAGGGGAAGGAGAAGCAAAUGCAGUGUGGGCUUCCGAACCUGGGGACCGGGGUCUUGAAAGUUCUCAUUCUCCCUGACUCUCUCCACGUCACACUAAGGGGGCCACCUUCCUCUCUAGUCACUGCUCCUGAUGAUCAGCUCAAAUGACUGGUUCCUGUCCAGCCACGCCAUUCUCUAAGCAACUGGGGCAGAGAGUCGGGGAGAGGUCUUACCUAGUAUACUGCCCGGCACAUAGUAGGUGCUCAGUAAAAGCUUGCAGAAUGCGGAGAUGGGGCGAGGCACUGGCACAGGGGGCCAGAUGCCCCUCCUUGCAGGGAAGGUGGAGGGGACUCCACAGGCAGGGUCGGGCACUAAUGGGAUUCCCACAACCAGGCUCUGUGCUAUGGAUCCCACAUCACCCCGAAUGAACUUGCCAGGUUCCGUGGAUGUGACUCGUAAAGAGACCCAUUGGCCAGGGGUCCCAGAGCAUCUGAGCCCUGAGAGGCAAGAGUAGUGAUCCAUCUCUUACAGCCUCUGUUCACUGAGCACUUACUAUAUGCCGGGCCAACAGUCCUGGGAAACAGGUACCAUUAUCCCCAUUUCAUAGGUGAAGAAACUGUGGGAAAUGCAAGCCAGCCUAUUAAGAGGUAGAGACAACAUUUUAAAUACGAGUCUUUGGCCUCAUGCGUUCCUAGGAACCCACCCCUGUUUGAGUGGUUUAUGCCCCACUGCCCCCCGGGAGGUUACUGUACCAGCCUCUGUGGUCAUGUGUAGCUUGUAAGCAGGAGAGAGGGAGAGAAAGCAGGAAGUGGUUGAAGGAGGGCACAGGAGAGGGUGGGGACCCCUGGAGGAGUUUGCACGGAAGCUCUCAGUCUGGGAACACUGACAGGCUGCCGGCAAUGGCCCGGGUUUCCAGGAAGGGUGCGUCUGGGUUGACAAGGUUGCUCUCCUGGGUCCUUCCAGCUCCCCUGCUGCAAGCAGCCUGCACCGUCUGCCCGGCCCUCUGCCUCUCUCAUACUGGACUGGAUGUUUAACUGUGAUCCCCUGUCCCCAGAAACUCACCAGUGAGUGUUCCUCCCUCUCAGGGGUGGGAAUGGCUCGUUCCUUCCUGCUCGUAGAGAUCACACAGCGCCUUUCCCUAACACCAAGAAUACGAAGGAUUCAUCUCCAUGGAGUUGAGAUGGCCGCUGUGCUUCUAUUGAGGACCGAGCUGGAGGAAAUGGGCUUUGCCUGGAGCUUGCCUGAUCUAGGUUAGGCCCAGUUUACCAAACAUGUUCCAUAGACCUUUAAUUUCAUAGCAGACUAGAUGAAAAUAAUGUUGCAUUAUCAGAAGGGUCCUGGGACAAACAUGCUUUGGAAAUGCUUAGGCAAACCAAGAUUAAAUUUUUUUUUUCUUGGUUGCAGGACUUAUCAGAGCAUUUAACCACACUACUGUGUGGUUAAAAUCUUUUAAAAGGCUGACAGCAGGCUGCUCUUCCCAAGGUUUCCCAGGCUGGUUUCUGAAUCCACAACAAGAUUAAUCUCUGUGAGUUUGACUUGAUAUCUUGCACGGUCCUUUGAGAGCAAAGGCCAAUGUGCUGGCCCACAGAAAAGAGCAGCUGAUCACCAACCAGUAUUUAUAGAGACCACCUGCUCAGAGUUGGCCUCCCCGGGAGCAUGGCACUGUGAAUGAUGAACCUGGAAGGUGAAUGAGAUGCAUCUGGGCAGAGAGAUGAGGCUGAGGAUGGCCACUGGUCACCAGAUGCUCCUGCUUUUCCAUUCCAUACUGGUAGGAAAUGCUGACCCCCAGUAAACUUUGCCCCUGCCACCCCACAUACUCUGCCCAGGCCUGCUGAUGGGAGACCCCAGUUCCAUGCAUGUGUACAGUGGUUCCAUGCACAAGGAUGCCACAAAGUAGAAAACUCUUGGCUCAUUGUGUCUUUCAAUGGAGGGGUCAAAUCUGCUGUGUGGGGGUGACUGUCCCAACAUACCACGGCUUGAUGACCAAUGUGGAAAUAAUAGACAAGUCAUGCCCUCAGGGGCGUCAGCUAGGUCUUCACCAGAAUUUUUAUCUCAGCUAGGUUCUUGGGAUGAAUAUCUAGAAUGAUCUAUAUCUAGAAGAUCUGGAAGAGUGAUCUAGUCCAAUGAGGACAAAUAGGUGCCAUUUCUGCCACCAUUGUCCCCUCCUGUACUCUUGGCAGACAUUACUAAUCAAUCACAGCAUGCCUUUCUGCUGAGCACAGAUGCAGCCUCAGGACAUCAGAGUUGCCACUGGAUGGGGACAUGGGUAGUUUAUUUUCAGUCUGGAAAUUUGGAAAAUGCAGAAAGAAAGAUUCUGUCCUUAAGACCCAGGGUAUGAUCCUAUUUGGUAAUCUGCCUGCUUGGAGAGACAUCAUUUAUCUUCCAGGGAAUGACUUCUCGGGGCCUGAAUGCUGCCACCAACCACAUAACAUCUGGGCUGGAGGGCCUGGGGACCUUAAGGAAAUACAGUUUGUGUGUACGUGUGUGGUAUUAGGCAGGGGAGCAGGAAGGACUGUUCUUGGGGCCACUUGUAAAAGUUUCUGUGGUUCAGUCUGGACAUCUCUGAAUUAAGGAAUGUUGCAUAGAGAGAGUGAGGAAAAGGAACCUGACUCCAGUUACUUUCGGUUCCUUCCUUGCGAGGAAGGCUCAAAAUCAAAUUUUCACGCAGGUGGAAUUCCCUGGGGUCCUAGUGGACCACCAGCUCUACUCCUGAGCUCUUGAAUUGCCUCUAAUAAGCAGCUGAGAGUACUUUCCGUCUGCUGCCUCUUCGCUUCCUUCCUCCCCUUAUCCUCCACCACCACCACCUCCUGCCAGAUAACAUCUCCCCCGGCCUGGCCCGUUGAGCUGAGGAGAAAGUCACACAAUAGUAGGGAUGAAAAAUAGCUGCCAUGUAUUCAGCUUAAAUUAGCUCAGAAGAAAGGCUCCCUCCCUCCAUUGAGCGGGCAACAAUUGUUUAUGCCAACGUGCUAUUUGCAUCGUGCCUUCUUAGAUUUGAAAGUCUAAUGAUUAAAAACAAAUCUUAGUUUUUCUUUUUCACCACUUAAGGAAAAAAAAGGAAAAAAGAAAAACCACCAGCUUGGCUAGUUCUUCUCGUUUAAAAAUACCCUGACUUCCAGAGCUACAGUGAGGAUUUUGGAAAGCCUGGGGCUAGGAUAGCAGGAAGAAACACAGGCAGACAAUAGAUGGAGAGGCCUUUCUGGAGGGCUAAGUGAUGAGCUGGUGAAGGGGGGAGAGGGGUCUUGGCAUCCUCAUGCAGAUGCCAACAUCCGGGUUGGUUCAGAAUGCAGCGGGCUUAUCUCGUCAUUGGCCAUGUAUUUGAUGGGUUAUUUAUUGAGCAUCUACUACAUCUUGGACCCUGAGCGUUCAGUAAUGAGUGAAACAAAGUCAUUCUGAGCUGAGAGUCCAGCAGGGGAGAUGGACAAGGAGCCGCCCACAAUAUAUGAAUCACAACUCACGGAGGCUUAGGGAAGGAAAACCAACAGCGGGCCAGUAACAGGAGAUUGGGGGAGGGGGUCCUGCUGUGGAGGAAGCAGGUGCAAUGGUCUGAGGAGGUGACAUUGAGUGGAGCUCUCAAGAAGGGGAAAGAGGAAGGCAUGAUCCUUUUAGGCCGGGGUCUCUCGAACGCGGCGCUGAUGAUAUUGGGGACAUUUGUCGUGGCGGGGCUGUCCUGUGCGUGGCAAGAUGUUGAGCAGCCAUCCCUGGCCUGCCCACACCAGAUGCCCGUGGCACCCUCCCUUUCCUGCCACCCCCAAGUUGGGACAACCAAAGAUGUCUCCAGACAUUGCCACAUGUCCCCUGCAGGGCGGGAUAGGGGGUAGAAUCUCCCCUUGUUGAGAACCACCAUUCUCGACAGAAGGAGCAGCAAACACAGAGACCCCAGGGGAGGACGGAGGCCAUGGCCGGUGAGCAGGAUGGACAGGGGGUGAACUGCACUGGGCACUGGAGGCCCGAGAGUUGGAGUAUCCAGGCUGGGGAGGGUCUUGAAGGUCUUUUGCGGGCAAUGGCAAAGCACUGGGGCGGGGGGCUGGUUUCCAGGAGCACCGUGUCGCCAUCUGAUCUUCACUGGUUUGAGCCAAGGCGUGAGGCCUUGAGUAUACUGUCUCCUGCCCAGAUCACUGGGGUCCAGAUCCAGCUUGUGGCCACCUGCAGCCUGGCAGAGAAGAAGGAAAUCAGACAGAGGGAAACGGAAAAACUCAAGGAGGAAGAUCCUCAAGUGAUGAUGGCACAGAAAUGGGUUUUAAGAGGAAUAUUUAGCAUCUUCAGUGGUUGGAAGGCUGCCUAGGGAGGGAGGACAUUGACUGGCCGUCCCCCAUCUACACGGACAAGACAGGCGUGAAAGCCCGGCUCAUGGGGUAGGAAGUGACCCUCAGGCUCUACCAGUCACAUCCUCCCCCUUUCUUCCAUGGUGGUCCACUCCAUCCUCCCAUGGUCCUUCAAGGAAGCUGGCUCCUCUCCUUGACCUUGGCCUCAGGCAGCCCUAGUCCUGCUCUCCAGGGCCACUCAGGGAAGUCCCCUCUGUCUUCCCCGGGGAAGGAGAGUCCCCAGAUAUGCCAGCCUCCUUCCAAUCCCCUACUUCACUGUUGAGGAGAGAGUUAACACCGCUGUCUCUGGUGGAGAAUAAGCAGUAAAAUGGGAUGGUGUGGAUGAGAGGUGGCCGUUGGAUCCCGUCCUACGUGGCUGAUGUGGGCAUGGCGGCGGGCAGUGGCUGUGGUCGAGCUCUGUGGGGCCUGUGCCUCUACCCCUAGAAUCCGAUCCCACCGACUCCAGUGAUCCCAGGACUGGGGGAGCAGGGCAGCCAGGCAUGGCAAAAGGACCGGGGCUGGGAAACCCGUUUUGGUGAGCUGGGGAUACUCAGCCAAGCACCUUCCAAGAAGGAUGCGGAGUUGAUUGGGGUCCUGUUCCCUGUGGGGGGCGCCGACCUCUCCCCACCCCAGCCCUGCCCGGCUUGGGGGCAGUGGCCGCUUCAGUGUGUCUUGGACAAUUAAUGCAAUGCAUUGGUCAUCCAAGAUUGUAGCCAUUUUCCUUUGUUUAUUUUUCUAUCUGUGUUGCUAAUAAUAAUAAUAAUAAUAAUAAAAUGGGUACAUAUGAACUCGUGUAAGUUCAAGUAACUGCUAUGUAGCUACAGUGUAGACACCAGGCCACCCUCACGGACUGGUCCAGCCACAGCAAGGCUCCCACCCUGGCCUGCUGGCCUCCCAAGCAGCCUCCUACGGAGUGCUGGGCAGCGCCCUGCAAAUCCUGGGCAGGCAGCUGGGCAGUGCCUGGCUGGAGCGGGCGCUGAGGGCGGGCCCGGCCUAAGCACAACUGUGAGAUGCACAACGUCUUCUCCGGCUCCUUCCUCCCCCUUAUUAAGCAGCCCCUCCCUGGGGCCCCUGUGCUCCCUGCCCCAGGGAGUGCUGUAGAUUAUUCCUCUCCCUGCCCCCACACACGCUUCCCAACCUUGCUGUCAGGAAUAGAUCCUCAGAAAGCCCCAGGCCUGGGCACACAGCGGCCGGAAGCCCAAAUGGUGGAAUGUCAGGCAUCCGGUCACCCAAGUGGGUCCAACACCCACUGCCGAGCUGUGGUUCAGCUGAGCGCCCUUGCUCCCCGUGGAGGGAGAUCCAUGGGGAACAACUGCCACACCAUGUUCCUCUAGCACCCCUGAAGCUCCAACUUUCUGGCCUAUUGGUGGAUUUUAAGUGCCACCAUUUGAGCUGCUGAAGGCUUCUAGAACAAUCUUCCCCAUAUUUCCAAGGCUUGUGUCCCCAGCCACACUCAUUACACCUUUCACUGACCCCAGCACCAAGCAACCCUUAUGCCUUCAGUCCCCGAGACUGCAUGUCAUAUAUUCAUUCAGCAAGUAUUUAUUAAGUGCCUUCUGGGAAAAUGGGGAAGAAGAGUGGUGCCGGCCUCCAGGGAACCCCUGAGUCUAGAGGAGGGGAUAGACAGGUCCUGAGAGAGAUCCUGAGACCCCAGAGGAGCCCCCAACCCCAACAGGGACCUUUGAGGAAGCAUUCUCAGAGGAGGGGCCUUCUGCACCUCGUCUUGAGAUUUGAGUAGAGGAGUGGGAGGUAGGGAACAGUGUGUCAGGUAGAAGGAACAGCCCAUGUGCAGAGGCAAGAUCAUGAUUUGUUGAAAGCCCGACCCUGGGCACUUGUUCUGUUCCCACCUGCUCUUCCCCCAAGCAUGGUGUCAGGUCCUGGGAGACUCCAACCCCAAAUACAAGGUGCCCUGGCUCAGACAUAGAGAUCCCACCUUCUCCUGCCAUGUCUUGGUCCUGGCAGUUGGCCUUAGGGUCCUGGAGAAGAUGAUGCCCUGGGAGGGUUUUGUGCUUACUAGCAUCAGGUCAUACUUAGGCUGCCUCAGAUUCUCUCUGCAGCUCUCUCUGGCCCUGCGGGCCUCCCUCUGCAUCCCUGCCUGCCUGCACACAUUGUCCGUGUCUUAGGACCCCUUCAUUGGGUUCUUCAAACCACGGGUAUCUGUGCUGUGGAUGGGUUGGUGAUCAGCCCUCCCUCUAAAGCAUUUUCUUCCCUGUCUUUGCUUCUGCUUCACAGUCCUUCCUACCUGCUCUUGUGACCUGUGUCUCUGAUCUCUCUGAGGCCCACACGUGUCUUGCCAUACCAGCAAGCUGUCUCACCAUGGCCUCUUUCAUGGGGAGUUUAUGUCACUCUGUGGCAUAGAUCACUGGAGCUUUGAGGUCAAGGACGUGUGUGAACGUGGACAUUUACUGCUGGAAAGACCCCACUCUCAGGGUUUCCAACUAACCAUGACAGGCGUGAUGGGCAAAAUACUGGUUUGUUACAGAGUAGCUGAAGAAGACCUAGGGAUCAUAGUGGGCCACAGGCCAGGCCUGUAAUACAGCAUAAAAUGUGGAAAUGUGCCCUCUUGGUGGGAUAUUGUGUCCCACUGUCCUUAUAAAUGUAUGUCAGGGUUUGAAGGAUAGGAAACAGUUUCUUCGCUGACCACAGGUCUACCAUGGUGUGUGUGUGGUUGCUGUAAAUUAUCAGGUUUACCUGCUUCAGCUUGACUCAACGUGCAUUUCUUAAGCCAUCCGCUCUUGCGGAUAAUGACCUCGCCAUCAAUUUCUCAGUGCCGGCAGUUCUCCCAAAGCAUUCCUUGGAUUUUUCUUAGCUUCAUGCAGCCUUCUAGCACUUAGUACAUCCCUAACCCUCAAGGUUACUGGAGGGAGUAAAUGAAAUAAUGAAUGUCAAUAGAAUUGCGCAAUACCUGGCACACAGUAGGUGCUCAGUAUAUGUGGUUUCUCUUCUCACUGGCCCGAUCAAAACGUCCCUAGGAAUUCCACCUCUAGGGAAAUGUUCCAGAAAAAAAUGGAGGAUUGGAAUGGAGAGGUGGUGGGUGUCAUCCAUUUUCUUAGGGGCUGGUGCACUGGUGGACAUGGGGAGGGGGACCCAAGACUCAUAAAGACACUCUUCAGCUGCUGUGGGGUCAGCAUGCAUAGGGGAGAGGUUCAAACUUAGGAAACUGGAGAGCCUCUGGCAAGACCAGUCCCCUCCAAGGCCCCAAGAUGGAGGCCAAGGGCAUUCACUGGGGCCGGAUGAGUCUGGUCACACGUGGUGAGUGCCCCAAACUUGGGCCAUUGAGUCCCACCCUCAGCUUGUUUCUCUCUCCCUAUGCUUUGAUCUUGCACUGGGGUCCACUCCAUGAACAUUACCGCAUGAUUCAUUCGGUUGAUUACUCUCAAAGUUAUUGACCUUAGGAAAAUUCUCAAUUGUAAAAAGCUUUCUCUCUAUGUAAAUUACGCUGUUACCUUUUCUAUACAAAAAGUAUAUAUAUAUACCUAUAAAUAUUAUACAUAUAUAUAUUAUAUAUAUAUAUAUAUAUACAUAUAUAUAUAAAGAUGAAUUCUUGUACAGACUGACAUGGACCAAUGGUCCAAACUGUUUUCUCUGUGUUUGUGUUGACUGUUGCAGAAUGAGUUAAUGUAAGAAGCUGGUUUCAUGUUUUCCUUUUGGGGCCACUUCUCUUCUUCCCUUUUCAUCUUUGUCUGUCUCGGUCUCUGUCUCUCUCUUACUCAUUGCCAACGUCUCGUUGCUGGGAAAGAACAGUUGAUUCAGAUGCAUCCAGGAAAAGAAGGCCAGAUGGAUGGAGAGUCCACUGUGUAUAUUUGUACAGAAUCAUUUAUAAAGUUUUCUACACUUCUCAAAAAAGUAUUUCUAACUUGGGCUGUUGGACAGGUUGUGAGCCUCUGAGCCGGCAAGCCUAUUGUUUCUUGUGUUUAGUGCAAUGUUUAGUGAAAAUCCAAUUGUCUGAAUUAUUUAUGCCAAUAAAGAAUUUGAGAAUUACUGCAUCACACU